AUGGCCAGCAUAGUUGGGAAUCGCCUACUUCCUCACCUGGUAGACAGCAACGCUGAAGCCGACCCUACUGGCACCUUCGGUCAGAUCCUACGAGAUAAUAACAUCCCAAAUCAAUGGAUACCCCUAUCCAAAAGGCAAUUGGCCCAAGCAGUAGACCAUGCUGCGUGGUGGUUCAAGAACACAGUCGCCGAGAAAUGCGACACAACGACGAUUGCUUAUAUGGGGCCAAAUGAUAUCCGCUACAUGAUAUGUGCUAUUGCUCUUGCCAAAGCGGACUAUAAGACAUUCCUCCCAUCCACACGGAACUCGGCCGAAGCAAAUGCGCAUCUCUUCCGUGCCGUUGGGUGUAAAUGUCUUCUAUGGGGCGGCCAAUCUCAGUCAGCACAAGGGCAAACCGUUAUACCGGAAUUACAAGUCUGGCAAUUUCCGUCCCUUGACGAGCUCUUGAAUAGUAGUGUUUCACAUUACCCAUACCAUAAAACAUACCAUGACGCUGAAAAUGAAACCUUUGUGAUCUUGCACUCCUCCGGAACAACUGGACACCCGAAGCCCAUCCCAUUGACUCAUGGAUAUUUCUCCUUUAUGGACAGGGGCGCACCGCCUGGUACACCCGAAGACUGUGUGUGUGGAUGGUGGAAUUGCCUACAACGCGGAGAGCCGAUGUUCCAAAUGAAUCCGAUCUUUCAUCUAAUCGGAUUUACUCUGGUCGUAGAUGCAAUCUUCCACGGCCAACAGAUCAUUCAUUACUCCUCCAAGCCCGACGUCGAUUCCGUGCUCGAUGCACUAUCGACACUCUGUCCACGAGCCGCUGUUAUUCCACCGUCCAUCCUGCAAGAUAUGAGCACUACAGCACGGGGGCUUAACACGAUUUCAAAGAUUGAAUAUAUGUUUUUUGCUGGAGGGCCGCUCUCCACCGAGGCUGGUGAUGCAAUCAGUAAAUAUUGCAAGCUUAUCCCUCUCAUCGGAUCAACAGAGUUGGGACACAUCCCACCUACCAAGUCGAAGACAUCCCCCGGUGAUUGGAAGUAUUACGAAUGGCCCAGCUACCCCGAUAUGCAUAUGGAACCACAUGAUGAGGGAUUAUUCGAGAUGGUCGUUCGCCGUUUGCCGCAAAGCCGCCUACUUCAUGGUGUCUUUCAUGUGUUCCCCGAACUUCAGGAAUGGAGGACAAAGGAUCUUUUCUCAAAGCAUCCCACGAAAGAUGGGUGGUGGCAUUUUGAAAGCCGAACAGACGAUAUAAUUGUCCUCGGGAACGGGGAGAAGGUGAACCCAAUUCAGAUGGAAGCGGUAGUCGAACGUCAUAACCUCGUGCACAAGGCUAUGAUUGCUGGUCAGGGUAUGGCCGAAUGCGUGCUUCUGGUGGAGCCGGACUGGGGCAAGCUGGAUCACCAGGGCCAGGGCGGCAGUUUCAUCAACGAGAUCUGGGAUAGCGUUGAGUCCGCGAAUAAGCAGGGACCGAGUUAUGCAUACAUCGAGAAGGAUAGAGUUGUAAUUGCGAACCGUGAGAAGCCGUUCCAGCUCAACGCCAAAGGGUCACUGAGACGUCCAUUGGUCUGCAAAGACUAUCAAUCUGAUAUAUCGGCGCUGGGGAGUGUCGGCAAUUUAGGUCCGGAGCGCCGUUCAAAUGAUGCCCUGCUGGGAGAUGAUAUGGUGAGUUUGAUACGGCAUAUAGUCUCUUCUGUUUCCUCGCAUCAAGAACUUGCAGAUGACACAGACUUCUUUGCUGCUGGGUUGGACUCUCUGCAGGUGAUUCGAAUGGCUCGGAGCAUAACUCGGAGCAUCGGGAUGGGUUCAGAAGGGAGUCAUGGGAUACGCAUUGAUCCCCAGAUAAUUUACAGAUAUUCCACUAUCAAGAGCCUGGCCUCAUAUCUGUCAGAUGCCAUGGAAGGGAACGUCAGUAGCGGUGGAUCAGUGGAGGAAGCUGAAGACGUCCAAGCGACGAUGAAACAUCUCAUCAACAAAUACACCAAUUCACUUCCAAAUGAGGUGCGCAAAUCAGUCCAGGUGUCCUCACGGUCCAAUGUUAUACUCACAGGAUCUACUGGCUCACUUGGGAGCUAUCUUUUGAACGCACUGUUAUCGGAACCUUCGAUUAACAAGGUUUACUGCCUGAACAGAUCUUCCGAUGCGUUCGAAAGACAGAGAUCUUCAUUCCACGACAGGCACCUAAACGUGAAAGCGCUACUGUCUCCCAAAGCAGAAUUCCUCACGGCAGACCUUGGGGGUAAAAGUCUAGGAUUAUCGCAGAGCAAAUACAACGAGCUCCUGAAUACAACCGACGCCAUCAUACACAACGCCUGGAAAGUGGACUUCAAUUUAUCCGUUUACUCGUUUGAGCAGGACCACAUACGUGGCACGCGGAACCUGCUGGACCUAAGCAUCUCCAGUCGAAAAAGAGUGCAUAUGUAUCUUGUAUCAUCAAUUGCUACUACCUCCGGCUGGGAGCCAUCAAAGGGAAAAGUCCCGGAGGACAUUCUGCCGGAUACAGUCGACCCUCCGUUACGAGGAUAUGGCCAAUCAAAAUACGUAGCUGAAAAUAUCUGUUUGGCUGCAUCCUCGCGUUCCGGUGUUCCGGUAACUAUCCUGCGAGUUGGGCAGAUUGCAGGACCCACGACAAAGUUUGGUGGCUGCUGGAAUCGAUAUGAGUGGUUUCCUGCUCUGGUCUUUACUUCACGAUCAAUGGGCUUUAUACCUGACUCGUUGGGUAUGCCGGUGGAGUGGAUACCUGUUAAUACACUGGCCCAAAUCAUCCUAGAGAUCAUCCAGUGUGGUAACGAGAGUAAGCACGAUGUUCCUACAAAGGUCAUAAACCUAGUCAACCCGAAUAGAACAGCCUGGGCUACGCUGUUACCCACAAUUCAGAGCCGCAUUGGGGCAAAUCCGGUGAGUCUACAAAGCUGGGUUAGGUCACUUGGCGAUGAUGCUGGCAAUGUUGAGGACCGACCAUCCUACAAGCUUCUAAGCUUCUACGAGCGACUAGCCUGCGAAGAUAACCCUGGUAGCUUCCCACAAUUUGUCACGGACAAUGCCAGUGCAGUGAGCCUCACAUUUCGAGCUCUCGGUCCCAUUAAUUCUAGUUUGGUGCGGACAUGGCUUGACCAGUGGGCACUAUGA